CACGAUGGCGUCGCGCUACAUUACUUGGACGGUUCCUCAGUUGAAAAAGGAAUUGAUACAAAGAGAUGCAUCUACGCAUGGGAGAAAGACUGACCUGAUUGAAAGACUCGAGUCAUAUGACAGAAACAAGAACUUCUUGCCACCGCCUGUUCUUCUACCAGAACCUCUGGAUGUAAACUGGCCAUCAACUGGAUUUCAACAACUGAAGCCAGAUCACCAGGGACUUUUACCAGUUGUGACAAGGGAUCAAACUGAAGCCUACUUUCUUCACCGCCUUGCAGGUGAUAAUGACUCUGCAAGAAACAUAAAGGCAAUAAAGAAUGGUGAAUUGCUGUAUGAUUCUAAGAGAAUACUUGCAUGUUCAGUGCUCAUCAAGAAUGAGAUAUUCUUUACUGGAAUAGUCAGUGCAGCAAUGAAAAAUAAGGUGACAUACAACUACAAGCUUAGAUUGGAAAAGCAGUCUGGUGAUAUUUUAAGCUCACACUGUGAAUGUCCAGCAGGGAAGGGCCCAAAUGGAACAUGUAAACAUUUAGCAGCAGUCAUGGUGAUGUUGGAGAAGUUUAUUGGGCUUGGAGAGCUUACUGGCAUUGAGAAGACGUGCACUGAGAGUUUGAUGAUGUUCAAUAAACCAAAGACUUCCCAUAAAGGAUCACCUGUAAAGGUAGAAAAUCUUUCAAGAAAACGGAAAUCAGAAAACAUAUUGGAUGAUCCCCGCCCAGAGAAGAGGAAGAAUAUGGAGGGUUUUGAGGAUAGGGUCUUGAACAUCUUAGUAAACUAUACAGCAAAAUCGUCAGCAAACAUUGCCUAUCGCUACUUAUUUAAAAGAGCUGAUUUGAAGUCUGCAGUUCAUGAUCAUGAUUACCUCUCACUACCUUUUACUGAGUAUUGGGUUGAUGAAGCAAUUAAGGUGAAUGAUUUGGAGAUAAAGAAGAUAGAAGUUGCAACACGUGGGCAGACGGCUAACAAGAAAUGGUUUGGGGAGAGGACAUGGCGAUUAACUGCUUCAAGCUUUGGACAGAUAACCCACAUGACGGAGAAACGAAACAAGGAAAAACUGUGUGAAACAAUAUUUUCAUCAAAGCAGAUUAACUCCGAAGCAACAUUACAUGGGAAAAAUUAUGAACGGAAAGCUAUAAAAUGUUUUGAAUCGAAAUACAAACAAAAAGUUAAUGGAUGUGGCUUCUUCAUUUACAGACCUAAGCCAUUUCUUGGUGCUUCACCCGAUGGAGUGAUUGAUGAUAUGCAUAUUGUUGAAGUGAAAUGUCCUUACUUGGGACGAAAUGUAAAUAUUGAAUCAAAGUGUCUGAAACAUUUUAGGUAUUUAGAGGAAAUAAAUGGGGUCAUUCAACUUAAAAAAUCAUCAAAUUAUUAUGAUCAAAUUCAAGGCCAAUUACUUAUUACUGGAAGGCAAUUUUGUUAUUUUGUAGUUUACACAUUUAAAUCUUUGUUUGUGGAAAAGAUUGAAUUUGACCAGGACUAUUGCAAGUUUUGUUUGGUUCCUAAACUAGAUCUGUUUUAUAAAAAGUGGUACCGACCAUUCGUUGCGUCAAAGUUGUAUGCAAAAUUCUCGGGGAACUCUUGCAUUGCAAAGUAUUGAUUUUUAUAAACUAACCAUAUUAUUUACCAUGCAACCAGGAAACAUGUACAUGUAUUUCAUGUUAGAAUAUUUGUAACCAGAUGGUGAUGUACUGAACUGUUUGAUUUGUUUUUCAAUUUUGGUCAUGUGCUGCUUUGUU